AUGGAUUCCAUUUCAACAAGUUGUGUUUUCAACGAAACAUUUCACACAAUCUGUGGGCACGUCGUUACACACAUCGAACAUAACUAUGACAAUUGUGGUGAAUUCGAUAGAAAUCCAUACUCUCCUGACGGAGGCAAAGACGAACACGAACACGGACAAAACCUCGAACAUAUUUUUUGUGACAGGUACCACUUCGCCUUAGCCAAGAUCGAAGACACAACAAUUUGCAAAUUCUGCGUCGACGAUGAAGACGAAGGCUGGGACGUAGACAUGUUCGAAGAAUCGGAAUAUGUAUCUGAGUUAAGCAGCACAUUCGGCGGAGUUGCAAUACACCCAAUCGAGAUUCAACAACGUCGACAUUGUUGGGCGAGCUACAUUGAACUGCAAAGAUGCCUGUUUGCAAGACAAGAGAUCCUGGAACGGGCAGCCAAUACCGCGCAUGACAACCUCACAACAUACAUGCGAGACCCGAUGAAUUGGCCUUUUCGUCUCAGAAUCAGUCUUGAACAGGACUACGAGACUCGUCACUGCAAUCGACGCCUGUUUUUCUUGCAAAUGAACUUUACCCUCGGUGAACUCAGACAGACGGUAUUACACAUGGAAGUAGAAGAAGAGCAUCAUUGCCUAUUCGAGGGAGAAAGAAUCAAUCCCGCGAUUCUUGCGCCCGUCUCUCCUGCAGAGGUAGCGCACGACGAGAAAUGUGUUAUUUGUUGGCAAACCUUGCGAGACCCGGAAGCAUGUGGUCUCAAUGGGAUUGGUCGAGCUUUUUGUGGUUUGCAUGUUUUUCAUCAUGAUUGUAUUGCGCGUUGGUUCCAAGAAUUGGCUCGUAGCACCUGCAGAGCAAAAAAACGUGUCGUCCGCCCAUGGCCCGCGCCCGCCUGA